AGAAACUACAAAGCUGAAUUUGAAUCAUGCAGGCUAGAGACUGUACCACUGGAUUUUGGGGAUUAUCAUCCAUUGAAACCCAUUACGUUUGUCCAAGUAAGAAAAAGGACUCAUUGGGUACCAAUAAGAACUGAAUCCAUCGGCCACCGUUUUCUGAAAAAAUCUGUCCAUCGCUGUUCUCUCUAGAAAGUGACCGAAUCAAAGACGAAGAAAGUGGGCAGGAAAGGAAGUACUUCCUCAACUUCAUCUUCCUCCUCCAGCUCCAUGAUAGACCCCCUGAGCAGUGUCCUGGAUGGCACUGACCCACUCUCUGUAUUUGCAGCAACAGCGGAUCCGGUGAUGACCACCGCUAGUUUGGACAGUUCAAGGAAGAAACGGGACAGAGAUGAUCAUUCAACUGUGGGAUUUGAUUUUGAACCAUGGUCAAGCAAACGGGGUGAAAUUCUUGCUAGGUACACAACAACGGAAAAACUCUCUAUUAAUCUGUUUAUGGGAUCCGAAAAAGGCAAAACAGCAUCCUCUGCCUCCGCAGUGUCUGAGAAGGUGAGGACUCGCUUGGAGGAACUGGAUGACCUUGAAGAGGGAUCCCAGAAGGAGCUGUUAAAUUUGACCCAGCAAGAUUACAUGAACCGCAUCGAAGAGCUCAAUCAGUCUUUGAAGGAUGCCUGGGCCUCAGACCAAAAAGUCAAAGCCCUAAAAAUAGUCAUUCAGUGUUCAAAGCUUCUCUCGGACACAACGGUAAUCCAGUUCUACCCCAGCAAAUUUGUUUUGAUCACGGAUAUACUCGAUACAUUUGGAAAAUUAGUGUACGAACGGAUUUUGUCUAUGUGUGUGGAGAAUCGCAAUGUCUUACCAGAUCAUUUUUCUCCAGAGAAUGUAAAUGACAUAGCUAAAGAAACCUGCUUAAACUGGUUCUUCAAGAUUGCAUCAAUCAGAGAACUCAUCCCCAGAUUCUAUGUGGAAGCAGCCAUCUUGAAGUGCAACAAAUUUUUAUCCAAAAUAGGAAUUUCAGAAUGUCUCCCUCGACUCACUUGCAUGAUAAGAGGGAUUGGCGAUCCAUUGGUUUCAGUUUAUGCCAGAGCGUAUCUGUGCAGGGUUGGGAUGGAAGUUGCUCCACAUCUCAAAGAAAGCCUAAAUAAGAAUUUCUUUGACUUCCUUCUUACAUUUAAGCAGAUUCAUGGGGAUACAGUCCAAAAUCAACUGGUGGUCCAGGGUGUGGAAAUUCCACUGUACCUAACUUUGUAUUCUCCUGCUAUAGAUUGGAUUUUGCAGUGCGUUGCUUACCACGCUCCUGAGGUUCUACUUACAGAGAUGAUGGAGAGAUGCAGGAAAUUGGGGAACAAUGCUUUGCUGUUGAAUUCCGUGAUGUCAGCAUUCAGAGCUGAAUUUAUUGCUAUGAGAUCUAUGGAUUUUAUUGGCAUGAUUAAAGAAUGUGAUGAAUCUGGAUUCCCCAAGCAUCUCCUCUUCCGUUCUCUUGGAUUAAACCUGGCUUUGGCCGACCCUCUCGAGGGUGAUCGACUUCAGAUAUUAAACGAAGCCUGGAAAGUCAUCACUAAACUGAAGAAUCCUCAGGACUAUAUUAACUGUGCUGAAGUCUGGGUAGAGUAUACUUGCAGACAUUUUACGAAACGUGAGGUGAAUACUGUUUUAGCGGAUGUCAUCAAACACAUGACGCCAGAUCGUGCAUUUGAAGAUGCAUAUCCACAGCUUCAUUCAAUAAUUAAGAAAGUCAUCGCCUACUUCCAUGAUUUUUCUGUGCUUUUCUCAGUGGAGAAAUUCCUGCCAUUUCUGGAUAUGUUCCAGAAGGAGAGUGUCCGAGUGGAGGUUUGUAAGUGCAUUAUGGAAGCUUUUAUUAAGCAUCAGCAAGAGCCAACAAAAGAUCCUGUCAUCCUGAAUGCCCUUCUGCAUGUUUGUAAGACUAUGCACGACUCUGUAAAUGCUCUCACCCUUGAGGAUGAAAAACGAAUGCUGGCAUCUCUCAUUAAUGGAUUUAUAAAAAUGGUUUCAUUUGGCCGUGAUUUUGAGCAACAGCUGAGUUUUUAUGUUGAAGCCAGGUCGAUGUUUUGCAAUUUGGAACCUGUUCUUGUCCAACUGAUUCAUAGUGUGAACCAGUUGGCGAUGGAAACAAGAAAAGUAAUGAAGGGAAACCAUUCUAGGAAGACAGCUGCAUUUGUUCGGGCUUGUAUUGCCUUCUGCUUUAUUACCAUUCCAUCCCUGGUUGGUAUCUUCACCCGGCUCAAUCUCUACCUGCAUUCUGGUCAGGUUGCCUUGGCAAACCAGUGCCUUUCUCAAGCCGACGCAUUUUUCAAAGCUGCAGUGAGCCUUGUUCCUGAAGUCCCUAAAAUGAUAAGUAUAGAUGGAAAGAUGCGGCCCUCGGAAUCAUUCCUUCUGGAAUUCCUCUGCAACUUCUUUUCCACUUUAUUGAUAGUUCCAGAUCAUCCAGAGCAAGGUGUUCUGUUUCUUGUGCGAGGGUUGCUGAAUGUAAUCCAGGACUACACUUGGGAAGAUAACAGUGAUGACAAAAUCCGGAUUUAUACCAACGUCUUACAUCUCCUCUCGGCAGUGAGCCAAGAGACCUACAUAUACCAUGUAGACAAAGUCGAUUCCAAUGACAAUCUCUACGGUGGAGACGCUAAAUUCCUGGCUGAAAAUAACAAACUCUGUGAGACGGUGGUCACCCAGAUCUUGGAGCACCUCAAGACUCUGGGAAAGGAUGAGACUCUGAAACGCCAGAGUGUGCUGGCCCUGUCCUUCUUCAACAGCAUCUUAGCUCACGGCGAUCUGCGGAACAAUAAGCUUAACCAGCUGUCAGUUAACCUCUGGAACCUCGCUCAGAAGCACGGCUUCGCGGACACCAAGACCACGGUGAACACUCUGGAAUACAUCAAAAAACGAAGCAAACAGCCAGAAAUGAGUCACUUAACCGAACUAGCCCUGAGACUUCCGCUGCAGACGAGAACCUGAGAACCUCUGCCCCUUUCCUGCCCCCUGUGCCCGGAGGCCACAGAGUGUGGAUCGUGAAGUGGGCGCUCUAUCCCGGAACCUCUUCGCAAUUCACGGUGUUUUCACUGUAAGCAUCCCUUAGCGUAGAACGGAUCAAUCUGUGCUUCGGCCCGUGUCCGGAUCAAUCUGAAGGUGGAGAGGAAUUUCAAAGGAACGUUGGAACGUAAAGAUCGGGCAACUACCGACUGCAUCUGUAAGUUUCUAAUUUGCAGAUUACCUUUCACACCUAAGGAGCCUUUUACAGGUGAAUCUGAUGUUGGGCCUUUAGAAAUGGUAAGAAUUGAAGAACAUAAAUGUGUCGUAAGCCUCAGAACUUCCUUUUGCCCCAGGUACCUUUUGCUUUAUGGAAGCCUGAUAGUCCGCCAAGAAACAGCACUUCCCUUUCACUUUUUUUUUUUUUUUUAAUCCUCGAGUUUGAACCGGGACAAAACCGUUAAGUCUCUCUAAAGCUCGAUGUCGUCGUACCUGCCGACUGUAAAAUAAUCCAUGUCGGAAAGCUUCCCCUCAGAGAUUGUGAUGCGGCUCUCAGAGGGCUCUUAGCAAUAAUCCGUGGCACGAGGGACGAGGAGGAAACGUUAUAAUGAAGCUCACUGUACCUUUAAAGAAAAGUUAUCACCGAAUAAACCUGCACUGACUGCGCUUCUUA